AUGAUCGAGGACUUCAGUCAACGUGACGGCUACAAGAGACUAAUACUAGGAGACAUAAUCACGUUGGUGAACGGUACGAAAGUUUCCAACGGGAGUGAUCUGUACCGGAUUCUCGAUCAAUGCAAAGUCGGUGAUAAGGUGUCCGUGGAGGUUUUAAGAGGCGACCAUAAGGAGAAGAUAGCUGUAACUCUCGAACCAAAACCGGACGAGUCUGAGUGCCGGCCCGUACCGUUUGGGCGUCUAAAGCAAAAAUAA